UCUGAAAGAGCAGUCAGUGAUCAUAACUGCUAGGCCACCUCUCCAGCCCAAAUUUAUAGACUGUUAAAGUAUUCAGUUAAUGCAUCCUACUUCAGUCACCAAAAAUAUCGACAUGAGCUGAAGACGUAGUUCAGUGGUAGAGCAUUUGCUUAACAUGUUAGAGGCCCAAUGUUCAGUCUCUAGUGCUUGAAAAAAAAAAGUGCUAAUGCCAUAGGCAAAGCAAGCCACUCACACGCACAGUUGUGCAGAACUUUCUGAACACAUGUCUUCUUGCAGCCUAUUUUAACAUGAUCUUCCUCUUCUUCUCCCGUAUCCUCCCUCUCUCUCUGUCUCCUCCUUGUUUACUUGGGUCUUGUCUGUCCACUCAACAGUAUCUCCUCCUGCAGAGUCCAUUGAUGUUCACAGACCAAGCCCAGCAAGAUGUCAUCAUGGUCCUAAAGUUCCCUUCCAACUCCCCUGUGACCCACGUCGCGGCCAACACCCAGCCAGGUUUGGCAACUCCCGCUGUCAUCACUGUCACUGCGAACAGGCUCUUCGCUGUGAACAAGUGGCACAACCUUCCUGCUCACCAAGGUGCUGUACAAGACCAGCCAUACCAGCUGCCAGUGGAAAUCGAUCCUCUCAUAGGUCUGUCACUUCUUUCUCUCUUUGCGAUUCAUUAAGCUCUGUAUGGUGGCCCUGAAGUGUAGAUUACAGUUGUUUUUCACUUGCUGGUUGCUGGGAAUGGAAUUUUCCUGAUAAACCAUUUGCAUGCAAAUUGGAAUGCAAUGAGCUGUGGCUAUGCUGGUAUUUCAUCAACUCCCCCUCGUUGGUUUGCCUAAUUUGAACAGGCCUAGGACGCGUGUCACUGAAAAUUAAUAUGGAUGCUGUAAUAAUGUGUGAUUGAGAAUGCGCAUGAAGUACUGUCAGGAUAAUAUUGGAUCUUUUCAUCACUCAGACUUGUUGAUGAGCAGGAGCGAGGCGUGUUAUGAUGAAUUGGCGCAAACGUAAUGCGAUGGAGCUUCUUUG